AUGGACGACUACACUCUGAACAUCCCGGAGGUGCAGAUAGUGGUGAACUACCCCCAUGAUGGUGGGGGAUAUUUUUGGCAUCAUCGCAUACUCCUUCAUCGCAUUGAAGGAGGAACGUGGCUCACGCUCACUCCCGAUCACGACAUCCAGAGACACGAUCUCACCACCACUCGUCACAGGAUCCUUGAUCGAGCUGCUCCUUUUCCAGAAGACAUUGCUGGGGAAAUUUACGCCCACGAUGUGAUCGGCAAGGCUACAUUGGAUGGCUACAAGCGUCAAGCAGUCGUCCAAGCGGCUAUCCUCGGAGAGGGCAGCGUUGGAGAGAGUGAAGCCUUUGUGUGGUUGGUGACAGAACAUGGCCAUGAACUUUUUGGCAAGGAGGUUGACCAGGCUUUGCUCCGGAAUGGAGCAACAGGUGUGGCCUUUUCGUCAAAGGGUGUCAUCAUUCUGGACGGAGAGGAGGUCUUUGUCGAGAAGGUCGGUCGCAAUGGGAUCAAUGACUGGCGAAAGCGGAGGGGCCUUGACAUGUCCGAUGAAAGGCUGCUCGGUGAUUUCAAGGACGAGAUCGGCAAACGGAACUUGGAGUUGGUGAAGGCGGUUCCGUUGAUGAAGGAGCCGACGAUUGCUGAUUUCUCCAUCAGUGGGACACGUGCUGCCAGGGAAUUCCUUGAAUCCAUUGCAGGGGGAGCUCAUACGUUGCUGACUUACCACAGCGAAUGGCUUCGCAGCUCUGGAGUGGGACGGAAGUCGAGUGCGGCACAUGUUCACAGAGGACUGAUGGAGUCCUUGCGCCUCAUGAUCAGCUUUGACCAGCUGGACCCUUCGGCGCUGGCAGUGGGAGAGCACCUUUGCAGAUGGGCCAUUCAGACAGAACUGGCGGUUGAGCGAUGUCCUUCAGCACCGGACUACACCGGACUGGAUAUCGUAUCCGGAUCCUCUCUGCUACCCGAUGGCAGGGCCAACACCACAAAGUUCACCGAGUUCUUGGCACAGCGGCUCAAAGACCGCGCCUCUGUGUGGAAGCAGGAGCGCCUCUAUGCUCAGGAACGUCGAUUGCAAAGAGGCAAAGGCGGAGGCACAAAUGAUGAUGACGAAGGAGACGGACAGAAGGCGCCGCCGCUGCAUCCAAGUGAGGGCGACAUGGAGUUAGAUGCCACGGGGGCGAUUGGCCCUCCUGACUCUGAGGACGUGGCGGAUGCAUGGUUUGAAUUCAGUGUGCGGCGGCCAUCACCCCAUCGACGGCACGGAGAUCCUUUUCCUUUGCCGAGUUCCUUGCCUCUGACAGAUGUACAGCGUUGGGUGAUGGAGGACAUCUCUCGACGAGUCGAAGCGAUGGGGCCAUGUCCGGAUGACUUGACAGAGGAUCUGGCCGUGAAGGAGCUUGGGAAGGGAGCAAACCUGUAUGAGCAGGCGGCCGACAACUAUAACCUUGCCGAAUUCGACAUUGACAAGAUCAAGAUCCUGAAGCGGAAGCUAGACCCGGCACUGGCCAGGGAACUUGCUCCUCCCGAAGUCCAGGGGUUUUUGGACAACUUUGACACGCUGAUCCAGCGACCGGUGGGUGAACUCGACGCCUUAGCGUCCUCUGGAACUUUAGUCGAACCCUAUUGGGACCCAAAACUGAAGAGAAGUCUGGGUAAGAGGAAACAACUUUACAAAGCGCUGUAUGAUUCAAACCUUUUGACUUUUGUCCGCAGGAGGAAAGCUCGUGUCGGUUUUUUCACUGUCAAAAAGAAGGACUCCUGGAUUAGACUGAUACUUGACGCAAGGCAGAGCAAUGCGUGUCACAGAUGCCCACCUCAGGCAAAGCUUGGGACCCCAGCUGGCUUAGCAUCCAUCGAUCUUUCUCACAGAACACUGGAGAGCAGAGGUUUUUCUUUUGUGGACAGCGAAGAUGGUUUGCCUACUGCCAUAACAGGUGAUGUAGGAGACUGUUUUUACAACUUUGUCAUACCGGCUGCUUCAGAGUGGUUUUGCACAGAUGAUGUUUUUUCAAUCGAUGACAUACAUGCCAUGGGGAUUCAGAUCGAGCAAGUGUUCGACAGCAGAGCUGGGGGAUGGACAACAGUGGAUACGGGAGAGAAACUCUACCCCGCUUUCUAUGGUAUGCCUAUGGGCUGGUCAUGGUCUCUAUGGAUAGCCAAUGAAAUCAUCAUUUGUCCUGGUCGCAAGAAUGUUUACGUGGGUGAUUCAUCUGAUAAAGGUUACGCACUCAUGGUUACAGAUGCAGCAGAAGCAGAGGUGACCUUGUUUUUGACACACCUCCAAGAGGAUCUGGAUAGUGAAGUUUCGGCGGGCACCUACCUGGUCUAUGGGUUGCAACUUUUGCGAUGCACAGGUAACAAGUCUGACUUCUUGACCGAGAGUAAGGAGGCUUUGAAAGGGUGGCGCAAGAGGCGGCCUGGCAACAUGCGGUUGCCAGUUCCUGAGGAGUUUGUGUAUGACCUAGCGACUUUGGCUCUGGACCAGAACCGAGUCGACCUUGCCAUGCUGCUGACUGUUCAGAUGGACGCCUAUCUUAGACCUUCUGAAGCUCUGGACUUGACUAAGGCUCACUUGGCUCGACCCAAUGGUAGACGAUACCCUCUUUGGGGAUUGGUUGUAGCCCCAGCUGACUUGGGAGAUCAAACAAAAACGGGGACCUCAGAUGAUUCAGUUCUCUUAGGUGCGCUCUGCCAUUGGUCCACAGAUGCGUUUGACAUGCCAUUGGUCAUCGCCAACAAGAGAGAUGACCCUCCCUCAAUUCCAACAUACAAGUGGAACAUUAGCAUGACCAUCACCCUUCGCAUUUUUGGUCCAAUGAGCUGGUCCGGGGGGCGGCACACCGUCGUGGAGCGGCAGGUGGAAGAGGAUGCAGAGGCCAAACGCCUCUGGAAGGAAGCUGAGAAGGCUUGGGCGCGCCAAGACUACAGGCGUGCGAUCAGCUUCGCUGAGGGUGCGCAGUUGGAGCUGGAAUGGUUGCGUGCUGAGGAGCAACGGGAGAAAGCCCGCCCACUCGCACAGCAACUGCUAGCAGUGCACGUGAUGCAGGUGCGCUGCCACGUGGCUCUGCGGGACUUCGCCACGGCACGCGGGUGGGCCCUGAGAGCCCUCCAGUUCCACCGCCACGAGGAUCUCGUCGGUUCGACCGGCGAAGGGAAGGAAGGAACGGGAGAGGGAGGAACGGCUCCAAGAGACCUUCGGCAUGGCCCACGCCUUGAGGACGACACGACCAACGACACGUCCUUCGAAGACCACGACUUCCGUCGCGGCCGUCCGAGCUCCGCCCCACUGCUGGAGACUAUGGAAGCUGUAGCGAUGGGAGUUGAAGCUUUGCCGUCGCCCCAGUGCGGGAUGGUCUCGGACCGUGGUGGUUUGGGUGGAUCGAAGCCGAUUCCGAAGAGUCUGUCCGUGGUGGUUUUGGCGGCUGACUUUUGCAGCCCCUUGCGUGCGGCGCUGCUGGCGCGCCGUGCCCAGUUGGGGCGAGGAGCGGAGGCCGAGGCGGAUGCACGCCGUGCGCUGAUGUUGGAUGCCAACUGCCGAGACGCACAGGCGAGGGUUGGACUGAUUGCCUGGAUUGGAAUGGAUGGGAUGAAUUAUACAAAAAUAUAG